UAAUUACAGUGGGGCUAGAAGUAACAGCCCGAGCCAUUGUUUGGUGACAGUGAGUGGGGACGUGCGCUUUCAACCGUCGUUUCAAGGAGAGAGAGAAAAGGAAGAAAGUGCGGUGUUUAGCGCCGGUGGUAUCCACAGCCAUGAGGAUCGUUCGCAGAGACAUCGUUCCUAAUGGACCUGGUAGCGUUAAGAUGGUGGCGGUGGAUUCCGAUGAUCUGUGGUUUGCGUAUAACUUGAUUGCUCCCGGAGACUCUGUCAUGGCCGUUACUGUUAGGAAGGUUGUUAGAGAGGCCGCUCAUGGCGGUCGAGAUGCAGAGCGCGUUAAGCUCAAACUGGAAAUUAAAGUCGAAGAGGUUGCUGAUUAUGACAAAGAAGGUUCUAUUCUGCGUGUUCGUGGAAAGAACAUUUUAGAGAAUGAACAUGUCAAGAUAGGAGCUUUCCAUACUCUAGAACUUGAACUGCAGCGACCGUUUGUGGUCAGAAAGGAUGUUUGGGAUUCUUUGGCUUUGGAGGUGCUACAGCAGGCCUCUGAUCCUGGUGCAAGUGCUGAUCUAGCAGUGGUGUUGAUGCAGGAAGGAUUAGCUCAUAUCCUCCUUGUUGGUAGAAGUAUGACUGUUACUCGAUCGCGGAUAGAAACAUCUAUUCCUCGCAAGCAUGGGCCUGCAAUUGCUGGUUAUGAGAAAGCUUUGGAUAAGUUCUUCGAGAAUGUUAUGCAGGCUUUCUUGAAACAUAUCGAUUUCAACGUGGUUCGUUGUGCUGUAAUUGCAAGUCCAGGAUUUACAAAGGAUCAGUUUCAUCGUCACUUAUUUUUGGAGGCAGAACGAAGACAGUUGCGACCUAUUAUUGAAAACAAAUCACGCAUCAUUCUUGUGCAUACAACUUCAGGAUACAAGCAUAGUUUAAGGGAGGUUUUGGAUGCUCCAAAUGUCAUGAAUUUGAUAAAAGAUACUAAAGCAGCACAAGAGGUUCGAGUUAUGAAGGAUUUCUUCAACAUGCUUUCAAAUGAUCCAUCACGCGCAUGUUAUGGAAUGAAACAUGUUGAGGUUGCCAAUGAACGCCUAGCUGUACAAACUCUUCUCAUCACAGAUGAUCUUUUCAGGAAUUCAGAUAUAUCAACAAGACAAAAGUUUGUUAACUUGGUCAACUCUGUUAAGGAUUCAGGAGGAUCUGUCCAUGUAUUUUCAUCCAUGCAUGUCUCUGGAGAGCAACUAGCCCAGAUAAGUGGCAUUGCUGCAAUUCUUCGGUUUCCUCUCCCAGAUCUUGAAGACAUUGAGAUGUGAUGGAUAAUGUUGGUCAAGCAUGUUAGUGUUGGCCAUGGCUCCUCUCUGUUUUAUUAUACUGGACUGGUGUUGCAUCAGUCCCUGAGUACUCCCUGCGGAUUUCUGGAUAAUUGAACGAGGAAUUUGUACUAUAAACCACAAUGCCAAUUAAUAGUUGCAAGUCAUUUAUCACCCAGUGUUCCAUAUUUUUGGGUGAAUUCCUUUGCUCAUUGGUCUUUGUAUUGAAAAUUGAUACUUUCCAAUUUCCCAUCAUGUAUAUGAAUCUGUUGAGUAAUUAUGAUUGUAAACAGUCCUGUAAUCCCUAGCUAAAGGGGAUAAUUGUUGAUGUUCAAAUGCUAAAAGCUAUGGAGUGAGCAAAUUGGUUUAGGAGAACCGAGUUUUUCUGGA